CUAUUGGUCAACAAAUAAUCAAAUUUAGAUAUUUCAAAGGUACAAAUACGAAACGUUCAAUCUCUGUUACGUGGCAUUGAGUUUAAAACAAAAGAAUAUUGACAUUCGUCUAAUUGUUCCUGAAUACCAAAUACAAGAAAAAUUUGACACCAAAACAGGUUUUUAAAUAUCAAUUAUCAACUGGAAAAAAGUUGUAAUACCUUGUUGAUCAAUCAUGAUAAGAAUAGCAAUAAUCUGCUUUCUAGUUUCCAUUGUUAGAAGUCAGUUCUGUAAGCUCACUUCUGAUGAUUUAAAUGGACUAACUCAAUUGUUUAAUGAUGUGCAUAAAAGUGUGGAGGAAGCAACUCGAGGUCAAAGUGGAAAUGCGGCAAUUUUUUUGGGCGACGUUGGAAGUGAAAAAGAAGCACUAAUUAAUUACUUAAUAGGCAAUGAAUUAAUAGCUUACAGACCAAAUAAAUAUGAAGCCCUAAAACUGAGAAAAGCUAACAAUAGUACCACAGGUCCAGAAAUUUAUACUGGAACAGUAUCAAAAACUAAAAUUCCUACAAAAUGGAAAUCAACAAGGACAGAAUUACAGAAUUUGGAGAUUUGGGAUACUCCUCCACUAAUGGACAAUAGAGGUCCACUGCAGGAUCUGAAUAAUUCCAUUUAUUUGUAUCAUUUGAUAAGAAGUCUCGAAUCACUAAAGUUUGUUGUAGUUAUCAAUUGUCAUGACAUUAUUUCUGAUGAUAUUGGACAGAUUCUCAGGCUUUUACGUACUCUUGAAACUUUAUUUAAUGACAAGUUUAGAGAUUUUUUGCCAAGUAUAUCAGUUAUUAUUUCAAGAGCACCAGAAAAAAUUGAAGAUAUUUUAGUCGAUCGUGAAUUUAUAAAGAAAAAAUUAGAUUCGAAUAUUAUACAAGAUUCUACCUUAGUUAUGUCAAACGUUUCAAGAGACUUUUUACGGCAGAUUAUGAGUAAUAAAAAAAGUGUAGGCAUCUUCAGGAAACCGGAAAAUGUUGAAAAGGUUACUGCUGUUAUCGAUGAUAAUAUUAUUCAAGCUAUUAAUAACGCUGAGAGCAAAGACAAGUCAUCUAAUCAGAAUAUAAGUUUACCAAUUUCAAUAGAAUUGCAUCCUUGCCUGGAAGACAUUAAUUAUUUGCUGUCCAAAAAAGAAGCAAAAGAAGAAAGUGCCUGAUAAAAAUUUCUGGAAUUUUAUUUGCAGGCAGUACUUCUUCUAAUUAAACUACUGUAGUUAUUAUGGGUUAAUUCAAAUAAUUUUAGAAAUAUGGUGUCGGUUAAUGUAUAUCUAAAUAUAAAAAAUUAAAAAAUAAAUUCCAGAAUUUCAAAUUCA